AUGGCAGUCCGUGAGCUUGUCCUAUCGGCAACUCCAGGAGCGGAGCCGGAUCAUGGCCAGAGCCAUGCUCGCCAUGGGACUGCGCCACGGCGAGUGUGUUGGAAUCAUGGCGGGGAAUUGUUCCCAGUAUAUCGAGACUGCAAAGUCGUCUUCAUUGCCUCCAAGAUUGGCUCGCGGAAUCUCUCCACCCACAUCCAAACGUUGCAAGGAAACGACUUGGCGCAUACCUCCCUCCCUCAGCUGCAGCAAGUUGUCAUCAUCGGAGAUGGGCCAUUCAAGCGGCGGAUUGUUCAUACACAAUCGUAUGCGGAUUUUCUAUCAGAAGGAACAAGUGGCCCCGUUGACAGCAUGGCGUUGGAACGUGCCGAAUCUGCCGUGCGUCCCGAGGAUGUUCUUAACCUGCAGUUCACAUCUGGCUCUCCAAAGGCAGCCACUCUUACCCACAACAACAUCGUGAACAACGCUCGUUUCGUUGGACGGGCGAUGCAUCUCACCCCAGACGACAUCGUCUGCUGUCCACCACCGCUGUUCCACUGCUUCGGCCUGGUGAUGGGGUUUCUUGCCUCCUUUUGCCACGGAAGCGGGAUCGUGUUCCCAUCCGACAAUUUCGAUGCCAGGAGAGUGGUCGAGGCAGUCGUCCGCUACGAUGCUACCGUUCUCUUGGGCGUGCCCACGAUGUACGUGGCUGAACUCGAAUACAUGGCAAAGACGGGACAGAAGCCUCGUCGUCUCCGGACGGGACUGGCAUCUGGCUCGGCCGUUUCAAUGCAAUUGAUGAACCAGCUGCAAGAGAAAAUGGGUGUGAGGAAGCUUCUGAUUGCCUACGGGAUGACCGAGACCAGUCCGGUGACGUUCAUCACUGCUAUGGAAGAUUCUGAUGAGAAGCGUACCACGACGGUUGGUCGGCCGAUGCCACACACGGCUGCAAAGAUUAUUGACCCCAACGGCAACAUCCUUUCUCGGGGGGAGCGAGGCGAGAUAUGCACCAGUGGUUACGCAUUGCAGAAGGGUUACUGGAAAAACGACGCAAAAACUCAAGAGGUGAUGAAAAGGGAUGGUAAUGGAAUUCUUUGGAUGCAUACAGGCGACGAGGGGGUCAUUGAUGACGAGGGCUACGCGCACAUUACUGGUCGAAUCAAGGAUAUCAUCAUCCGAGGAGGCGAGAAUAUCUUCCCCCGUGAGAUUGAGGAACGUCUGGCCUGCCAUCCAGCUAUUGAUGAAGCCAGUGUCGUUGGAAUCACGGACGAAAAAUAUGGAGAAGUGGUUGGUUGCUUUCUGAAGGGCAACGCUGAAUUACCACGACCUUCCGAGGCCGACGUUCGAAGUUUCGUGGAAAUACAACUGGGCCGGCAUAAGGCUCCCCAGUACAUCUUCUGGUUGGGUCAGCCUGGGGUAGGAGAGGAUUUCCCCAAGACUGGCAGUGGAAAGCAUCAGAAACAUGUUAUGAGAGAGACGGGAUGUCGGCUAGUGAAGGAGAGGAUAAAAGCACGCCUGUGA